AUGGCCCAAUAUGAGAAAGGCACGUUCGAAGACUACGAUGAUGUCGCGGUAUACGAGAAGAGUGAGGAGCAAGCUCUCAACGCGUCGACAAGGAACUUUGUCGUCGAAUUCGGAUUGGACGAGGCUCGAAUAGCUUUCGAUUUGGAUGAAAAACGCUUCAAGAAUCUAUUGCACACUCCUCAGCCACCAGACCGUCGGCCUGUACGAUGGAUCAACAUCUGGGCACCGAAUCUACAAGAGAAACAAGUAAUGCUUCUGGGCGAAAAGUAUCAAUUCUCUCGAAGGCUCCUUGGCAUAAUCCUCACAGAACCAAAACAAAAGACAGAAGGGGCUGCGCAACAAGAUAAACAUGCGUUUUGGCCCCGAUUCCCAAAAGACGACCCCGAAGUUGGAGCGAAGAGUCUUGAUGAAUCCAGGACCAGCACAAGUAGUCAGAGCAGUUCCUUUGAUCAUUAUACGAUUGCGGAUCAGAUGAUAAACUAUCAUGCUAUUGACUAUGGGAGACGCUUUAUAUGUAUUGGUGCCAAUUGGAUGCACAGAAAGAAGCACGAUUCGCCCGAAACCCAUACAGAUGGCACGGUAGAUCUGGAGGGGAAGCAGCGUCGGUUGUACUCCUGGUUGAUACUAUGCAAUGAUAAUACUGUCAUUUCGCUCCAAGAAGACCCCGGAAGACUAAAUGAAGAGGAUCUAAAGUCAACGCGUUUAAAUCUGCUUAGCGUCUUGAAGCAGCUUUCGAAAGUUAAACAUGACUCCACAGACCCCCUCUCCAUGCAGUCGGUUCGGCAAGCUUUGGAAGGCCUGGAUAUUGAUGAUCCUGGAUCGGAGGGCUCAAGCAAUUUAUUUUACUAUCUCUUUGACGACUGGCGCGCUGUCUACUCUGCUGUAGAAGUAUUUGGUAAAGGAUUGAAAAGCUUACAAAAGGAAAUCUUUGAUAGUACGACCAAGAAGUCCUAUGACAUGCCAGACAUUGAAAUUAUCCCCCGACUCCACGUCCUCGGCAGUCGAAUCCGAGAAAUGCAGCACGUCUACGAAGGCUACAAGAAUCUCAUACAACGAAUCCUCGAGCCACCCCGAACAGCAACAACUAACGGCAACGGCUCCGCAACCCCUCGUAGUAUGAGCAGGAGCCUAAGCGCUACCGGACCGACCUUUUCAGCUGAGAAAGAAAACCCCGUAGUAGUAGCAAGAUCAGCGCUAGCUCGGUUUGAGCGACUAGGCGACAGAUUACAACUCUUGAUUCUCAGCCAGACGAGAGAGUUCCUGGAUGAAAAAGACGCACUGAGGAAUACAUACUUUAAUAUCAACGCCCAGAAAGACUCCAAAGCCACAGCGCGCCUCUCCCGCGCCGCCACCCUGCUAGCCAAACUCUCCGUUGUCUUUCUGCCCGUCAGCCUCAUGACAUCCUAUUUCUCCGUGCAGAUCGACGACCUGGCCGGCGUGUACACGGCCAAGCAGUACUGGUAUGCGUUUGCGGUCAUUAUGAGCAUUUCGGUGCUGGCGCUGUUUUUCUUUAGCAGGCUGUUGAUGUGGUUUACGGAGACGCUGGAUGGGAUAAUGAAGAAUUGUGGUAGGUGGUUUCGGCAUAGUGUUAUGACGAGGAUAAGGAAGGGUCGUGGGGUUGAAAGGUAG